CCACAGCCACAAUUCAACUUCCCCCCUACACCAGAGCUCCGAGCUCCCUCCCCCUCUCCAUUAAUGGCGCUCGCCACAGCUCUCGCCUCCUCCCCCCUCUCCUCCCUCGUCCUCCUCUCUUCCUCCUCCUCCAAAUCCCCCGUCUCUUCUCCCUCGCCCCCCGGCUCCUACUCCCCUCCGCGGCCCAAACCCUCGUCGUCGCUCCCCCGCCUCCUACUCCUCCCCAAAACCCUAGCCCCUCCCCUCCCCUCCCCCUCCUCCUCUCCGACCUUGCGGAAUCUCCUACCUCCGGUCGUGCCGAAGCCUAUUAAAGGAGCCCUCUCCUCGGCUCUCGAUUCCCUCUUCGUCCUAAUCGCCUCCCUCUCCCUCUCCGCCGCCCUCUUCCUCGCCGACCCCGGCGCCGCCUCCGCCUUCGUCGUCACCACCCCGAGGAAGCUCCAAGCCGACGAGCUCGCCACCGUUCGGCUCUUCCAGGAGAACACGCCCUCCGUCGUCUACAUUACCAACCUCGCCGUUAGGCAGGAUGCGUUCACGCUGGAUGUGUUGGAGGUGCCGCAGGGGUCGGGGUCGGGGUUCGUGUGGGACAAGAAUGGGCACAUUGUGACUAAUUAUCAUGUGAUCCGCGGGGCGUCGGAUCUCAGGGUCACCCUUGCUGAUCAAUCAACAUAUGAAGCAAAAGUUGUUGGAUAUGACCAAGACAAGGAUGUAGCUGUUCUGCGUAUCAAGGCUGCGAAGGAUAAACUAAGGCCCAUACCAGUUGGUGUAUCAGCAGAUCUACUAGUGGGUCAGAAAGUUUAUGCUAUUGGGAAUCCUUUCGGCCUUGACCACACGCUUACUACUGGUGUUAUCAGUGGAUUGCGAAGAGAAAUCAGUUCUGCUGCGACUGGCCGUCCUAUACAGGAUGUUAUACAGACUGACGCUGCCAUUAACCCAGGUAAUAGUGGGGGACCGCUUCUAGAUAGUUCCGGAAGAUUAAUAGGGAUAAACACAGCUAUCUACUCACCGUCGGGAGCAUCCUCUGGUGUUGGGUUCUCAAUUCCAGUUGAUACAGUUAGUGGUAUUGUCGAGCAGCUUGUAAAAUUUGGCAAAGUUACAAGACCUAUUUUGGGAAUAAAAUUUGCCCCAGAUCAAUCUGUGGAGCAGCUUGGAGUAAGUGGAGUGCUUGUCUUAGAUGCUCCUCCGAACGGACCAGCUGGAAAAGCGGGGUUGCUACCAACCAAACGUGACGCCUAUGGCCGUCUUAUUUUGGGUGAUAUUAUUACUUCUGUUAAUGGUAAAAAGGUUACAAAUGGGAGCGAUCUCUAUCGUAUCUUGGACCAGUGUAAAGUUGGUGAGACGGUGAUUAUCGAAGUCCUACGCGGUGAUCAUAAGGAGAAAAUUCCCGUAGUCCUCGAGCCCAAGCCUGAUGAGUCCUAAGAAACAGGGCUAUGGUUCACAAUUUCUUGUUGUUUAUAUAGUUAAUUCUUGGAAAAGCAUAAUGUAACAUGUAUUAACUCGGUUUCCUACAAGAAGUUCUAUAUGUAUAUAAUUUAUUUUCUUUUCAUUAAUAGUAGGUAUUGAAUUGUCUGAUGAAUCUGAUGACCACCUUUUUUGGUCCUUUUUAGCUAUAAAAUCAUGUUAUCCAUUGAAACU